UCACUUCCCGUUGACAUACCUUUCCCUACGGCUUCGUUUUUACACACACAGACCUAUCUCGGUUCAAACCCUACGAAGACUAAGUGGAGACUUCCACUUUGAUCGCCUGAUAACACGUCAAAUUCCGUUAAUUCUGUAUCGAAGACGUCGAAUUCCCGCGAUAAUGCCGUCGAAAAGUUCGGAACGGCUGCCCGCCGGAUGGACCGUCCGGUUCAAAGCUCAGAAGAACGGGCGCAAAAUUAAGUGUUACAUGAAUCGGGGAACUGGUCAAACAUUCUUUUCCAAAGAGGAUUUGCUUCGAUAUGUUAAAGUGGAAAGAACUCUUCAUGAGCCUAAACCUUCUAUCAGCAGCAGCAGAAGGCCCUCAGAAAAUAGUGAUAGUAAAGUGAGAAUUCCUAAACCUAAUAGUGACUGCAGCCAAAGGCACUCAGAAAAUAGUGAUAUUAAAGUGAAAAUUCCUAAACCUAUUAGUGACUGUAGCAGAAGGCACUCAGAAAAUAGUAAUAUUAAACCUGUGGCAAAUGAAAAUGAACAUCCUGACUGGUUACCUGAUGGCUGGGUUGUGGACUUGAAAACCCGAAAGAGUGGUGUCCUUAUCGGAAGACCAUACAAGAUUUACACUGAUCCAUUGACAGGGUGUAAAUUCUUUUCAAAACCAGAGGUGCUCCGUUAUCUGGAAUCUGCAAAGCGCAAAAAUUGCUCAUCAAAGCAGAAGGAAACAUGCAAUCUUGAAUCUGCAAAGCGCAAAAGUUGCUCAUCAAAGCGGAAGGAAACAUGCAAUCUUGAAUCUGCAAAGCGCAAAAGUUGCUCAUCAAAGUGGAAGGAAACACGCAAUCUUGAAUCUGCAAAGCGCAGAAGUUGCUCAUCUAAGCGGAAGGAAACACGCAAAAAGAUGUGUUCUGCUAGCAAAGUUGUGGUUGAGAAAUCUACAGUGGAUGAUUUACCACCAGGGUGGAUUAAGGAAACAAAAAUUAGAAAGAAUGCAUUUGGAGUGAGAAGAGAUCCGUAUUACACAGAUCCAGUUAGUGGAUAUGUGUUCCGCUCCAAAAAGGAUGUAUUCCGCUAUCUAGAAACUGGAGAGAUUAGUAGACAUGCAUUUAAACCAGCAAAAAGGGAUGCUCAUGAUCUAGAAGCCUUGGUUGUGGUUGAGAAAUCUACAGUGGAUGAUUUACCACCAGGGUGGAUUAAGGAAACAAAAAUUAGAAAGAAUGCAUUUGGAGUGAGAAGAGAUCCGUAUUACACAGAUCCAGUUAGUGGAUAUGUGUUCCGCUCCAAAAAGGAUGUAUUCCGCUAUCUAGAAACUGGAGAGAUUAGUAGACAUGCAUUUAAACCAUCAAAAAGGGAUGCUCAUGAUCUAGAAGCCUUGCCAUCGCCUGCAGCCAAAAGGCAGAAAUUGGAGCAUCCUGCAACCAGGAGACGGCUUUUUUCAGAAAGAAUUGCUGCUGCAGUUAAGGAGAGUUCUGAAGCAUGCAGCUCUGCACUUCCAGAAGUUGAGGCCUUGAAGAAAAGGCAAGGGAAUAGGGUUUCUGCUGAAACUGGGCUUGCUGGAGCUGCCACAGCUGAGAUUUUCCCAGAGAAAAUGGUAACUGAAAAGGGUUCGGAAGCUAAGAAAACCUCUAGUUUUGGCUACUCAGUGCUUUCAAAACCUAAAGUUUCCAAGGGAAAUCAAGGCAACAUGACUUUUGCUGAUAAUGGGCCAGUUUCAACUCCUGCUACUGAUACUCUGCAAGGAAAGAACUCACUUGAGUGUGGGAUAGAAUGCGGCAGUGGAAUAUAUCUUAAGAAUUCCAACAAAUCUGAAGAUAAGAAAAAGCUUAACUUGCCUCGUAGGUCUUCAAAACGACUUGCUGGGCAUGAACCUGAGCUAGUGGUUGAUAAUGUCUCCAUUGAACGUGUUUGUAAAAAGAAAACUGCAGAAUCUUGCAAAAGUGAAGCCAUUUCAGCUGCAGAUUUGGCUUCCAAUGGGUUGGCUGCUGAAGUAUCCAAGAAGCUCAAUGCUGGCCCUGUAAUAGACAUGGCAGACUGUGUGUCUUCUGAAGUAGACAUUCCAUCAAAUGAAGAACAAUCGCACAAGAUCAAACCUUCCAGGAACAAACCUAUUCCAGGGCAACAAAUGCACAAGAUGAAGUCUGCUGAAAGUAAUGAUGACAAGUCAGAACCACAUUUAUCCUUCCCCUUUGGUCAUUCUUACCUAGAUCCAUGCUUAGAAUUUGCAUUUAAGACUCUGACUGGUGAAAUACCGGUUGAUGGUAUACCUGAUAACAUUCCUGUUUCAACUCCUGCUGCUGAUAUCCUGCAAGGGAAGAGCUUACAGCAGACUAACAUGGAAAAGUGCAGUGCCAGAAAAGUUGACAGUAACUCAAUCAAAUCCAACUUGCCACGUCGAUCUUCGAAAAGACUUGCUGGCUUUGAGCCUGAGUUGGUGCCCGAUUUAACAUUCAGUGAACGAGCUCUCUUUAAUGCAACCAGAAAGUUUAAAGAAAGUGAAGCCCUAAUGAAUGCAGGUUUGUGUCCAAAUGGUCUGGAAGAUGGUGCAUCUCAUUACCCUGAUGCUGGACACAUAACAACACAUGCACACCACAGUCCUGCUGACAUGAGCUCUCCAUUGCAUGAACAAUCAUCAAGCAAGAUCAAUAAGCCUCUUGAACUCCAAUCUGUUUCUGAAGGGCAACCCCAACAGGUGGAUGAUGAGAAGCCAGAGCGGCGGCCUCAGCAUUUGGAAAAUGAGAAGCCAGAGGGGCAGCCUCAGCAGAUGGAAAAUGAGAAGCCAGAGGGGCAGCCUCAACAGCUUGAAAAUAAAAAAAUGAAUAACGAAAAUUCAGAGUCACAGCCUGUGUUUCCAUUUGGGGAUUCUUGGUCGGAUCCCUGCCUGGAAUUUGCAUUUAAGACACUUACUGGUGCAAUCCCUGUAGAUGACAAUUUGGCAAUUCAGGAUUACUUCCAGCAUCAACUUCACACGUCUCAGACUUGGACAGUCAGUAAACCGGAGCUGCCUGAUUUCAGCAUAUGCAGCUCUUUUCAAGCUGAUGUUUCAUUCCAGCUUGAUGUAGCAGAAAAAAAAACUGCUUCCCAGCAGCAGUUGCCUGUAAAUCCUUCAUUGCCGCCCUCAGGAAAUGUAAGCUUACCAAGUUGCAGCAUUGCAUCUCAACAACCAUGCUUGGAAGGGAACAAGGAAAUGCAUGGGAAGGUGAAGUCCUAAUUUGAGGUGAUUAUCUUUUUCACUGGAUGCUUGCUAAUUAAAUUGGUAAUUAAUGUACCCUCUGAAACAAUUAUCUCUAUGGUUUAUUUGUUUUCUGUGUCUCUUGUAAUUUGGAACUAAACUAUAAAGGCCGAAACCAAAAGCAACUGUUCAAGCCUCGAUCUUUUGUACGUUUUGUUCAGUAAAUGUAGAGGCCAAAAGCUUUAGGAAUAUUACGAGUGUUAUUAUCGUUAUGUUUCACUCCUCUUCUUGUCAAAUGAUUGUAGCAGUACUGUGGUACAUUGGAGAUUACUAUCAUUUGGUAUUAAUUUACAAGACAGGGAACAUGUGAACCCCUUUUUAUGCACAUAUUAUUUCCUUUUUCAA